CCGCCAAUGGGCGCGAUCCGGCGGAGCGGGGCGGUGAUGGCGGCGCUGCCGGUGCUGGCGCUGCUGGCGCUGCUGGCCUGGGGCGGGCCCGGGGCCGCGGGGCAGAAGCGGAAGGAGAUGGUCUUAUCAGAAAAAGUGAACCAGCUGAUGGAGUGGGCUAGUAAAAGAUCAGUUAUUCGAAUGAAUGGAGACAAAUUUCGACGCCUCGUGAAGGCACCACCCAGAAAUUACUCGGUGAUUGUGAUGUUCACUGCUCUUCAGCCUCACAGACAGUGUGUUGUGUGCAAGCAAGCUGAUGAGGAAUACCAGAUUCUGGCAAACUCCUGGCGAUAUUCCAGUGCAUUUACCAACAAGAUUUUUUUUGCUAUGGUUGAUUUUGAUGAAGGCUCAGAUGUAUUUCAGAUGCUAAACAUGAAUUCUGCUCCAACCUUCAUUAACUUCCCUGCCAAGGGGAAGCCUAAGAGGGGUGACACGUACGAGCUCCAGGUGCGCGGCUUUGCAGCCGAGCAGCUUGCUCGCUGGGUGGCUGACAGGACAGAUGUCAAUAUUCGUGUGAUAAGGCCACCAAACUAUGCAGGACCAUUGAUGUUAGGAUUGCUGCUGGCUGUCAUUGGAGGCCUCGUCUAUUUGCGUGGAAGCAAUCUGGAUUUUCUGUAUAACAAGACUGGCUGGGCAUUUGCUGCUUUGUGUUUUGUGUUAGCAAUGACAUCAGGCCAGAUGUGGAACCACAUUAGGGGUCCACCCUAUGCUCAUAAGAAUCCCCACACAGGACAAGUGAACUAUAUCCAUGGAAGCAGCCAAGCCCAAUUUGUGGCAGAAACGCACAUUGUUCUUCUGUUUAAUGGUGGUGUUACUUUAGGAAUGGUACUCCUCCAUGAAGCUGCUACUUCUGACAUGGAUGUGGGGAAAAGAAAAAUCAUGUGUAUUGCUGGCAUUGGCUUGGUGGUGUUGUUCUUCAGCUGGUUGCUGUCCGUCUUCAGAUCUAAAUACCAUGGCUACCCAUACAGUUUCCUAAUGAGUUAAAGGAUUCCAGAUUCUGUAACAUCAGAAGGGUGGUGACUCUGAAAUUGCAUGUAAUGGAAUGGAAGAGCUAAAGAUGUAUGGUUCGUGCUACCUCUUUAUGCUGAACGAGAUAGUUAAAGACUGAACCAAAGAUAAUGUGUAGUGCCUUAAAUGUAACAAUUUGCUCUGAAGGACACAGAGUAUUAAGAUGCAAUCUCGUUUUCAUAAGCUUUACAUCUUAAACAACAACUAUUGAAAUUCAGAAAUUAAUGCUUAGAACUACAUUUCUGUAGACUAACUAGAAACAGUACUUUAAAUUCAGUUGGAUAAUCAGUUUUCUGUAUGUUUCUUUUUCCCCUCAAAUAUUUAUCACUUUGUUUCCUGUUUGUGCCCAGCAGGUUACCAUAGCUUCUCUGUCAUGCCUUUUCAUGGUUUAGAAAACAUCUUCAUGUACCUGGAAAUCUUUUCCUUCACUCUGUAUGUGACCCCUGGACCAUACUCCAAAUUCUAGUGUGGAAUGUGUGUGUACUAGAGCUUUUGAGAAGGGUGCUUAAUUGCUGUAUGAUGCAGGAGGUUGUUUCACAGGUUAAGGAAGAAUUUCCAACAGGUAGAACUGAGUUUUGAAUUAAUUUAUACAUAAAAACAUUUAUUUGCCAAAUGCUGAAACUGCAACAUUUAAGUUGUAAACAUUGUCUCAGAGCAGAAAAAAAUAUACUGACCAGUGCUAAUACUCUCAAAAAUACAAACCAAAACUACAAAUGUAGUAUGAAUUAAACAAAGGUUACUAACUGGCUUUCAAGUUACUGCUCAAAGCCCUGACAAACCAACAGGUAUCAGAUUUUUGGUCACUAUGUAAGUUCUUGCAUUCUCCUUUUAUUUUCCCCAAGUUAUUAUUCUUGGGGGGAAUAUGGAAGUGGGAAAAGACAUCUAAUUAAUCCCAGGAUAAAUAUUAUUACCGCAGGGAAGAUCUGUUAGCCUUACAAUUGAAUGCAUGAGCUUUUUACUCUCUCCUUUUUUCCUCUCAUCUCCCAAAGAUGCUUUGCCUUAAGGAUUCUUAAGUAGAAGUCGUUGCACCUCAGCCCAAACUGUUGUGUAGUUCAGCACCUGAACUACAGGAACCCUUUGCAGUCUGAUUCACUAAUGCUUCCUUCUGUAGGCUGUGCUGGCCUAGGAGGUUACUAGUUGGAGGAAAAUACAAUGAGACUUUGUCUCCUGCUCCUGCCUUUCCCCUGACUCAAGGGGUUACAGAAUUUGGAUGCUUUAGAUUGAAGCUUGGAAAGGACUGUAUCAUUCAAAGUAGAAUGUUAUUCUUACGCAAUUUUGCUAAAUUAACAGACAUCUCAAGUGCCUUAACUUCACUAAUUUAGUUGUUUGAUGUUUCCGCUUGUUGAGAUGCAUUUUUUUCUAUGCCGUACAGAACGACGAGACCUUAGUAGAAUGGAUAAAUUGUGUGUCUGGCUGGAUUUUGGACAAGUUUCAAUAAAAUUUUGUAGUCUAAUCCA